AUGGGGUUUCAGUACUUGUUAUUCCAUGGUACCUAUACUGUCCCGGUAGCCACCGUGCUGACCGUCUUCUACUACCCAUUCUUUACGGCCCGGGAUAUUGGCAAGAUCGUUUUAAUCAAUAUUCUGGCAGUCACCUGCACCAUACCAUGGGAUUCCUACCUCAUCCGCCACCACAUCUGGUCCUAUCCCGCUGAUGCGACCCUCAAUUGCACGCUGUUCGCCAUCCCCGCGGAGGAGGUCGCCUUCUUCGUGCUGCAGACCUACAUCACCGCGCUGCUGUACUGCAUCUGCUCGAAACCGUUGGUGCAGCCGAUGUAUCUCCGCUCCGACUCGCCCCGAUGGACCCGCGAUCUCGGGGGAGGACUGAUUUCCGCGAUGUUCGUGGUGGGGCUGGCAUGCUUCGUGACGGGUGGGCGCAGCACGUAUCUAGGGUUGAUUCUCAUCUGGGCGCUGCCGGUCGUGCUGCUGCAGUGGAUGCUCGUCGCCCCGUUUAUCAUCAGCGUGCCGUGGACAGCGACUGCCCUUCCCAUCGCGCUCCCGACUGUCUAUCUCUGGAUAGCCGAUCGCAACGCCAUGGCUGCCGGGGUCUGGUCCAUUGAGGCUGCCACACAGCUCAAUUGUCAUCUCUUGGGGCUGGAGAUUGAUAUACUAACCAGCAACAGAGAAAUGCUCUUCUUCCUCCUCAUCAACGUGAUGAUCGUCUUCGGUCUGGUAGGCUUCGACUACGCCUGUGCAAUGGCAGAGUACAACAACAUCUGCACGGGGGGCGGACCCCGUCCCUCGCCGCAGGACGCCUUCAAGGACACCCUGCGCACCGUGACGCACCCCCCGCGCAUCGAGGAGCGAGUGGUCACCGACCUCCAGCAAGCCGUCGCGCGACUGCACGCGAAAAGCCAGAGCAUGUUCCUCGGGAGCGCCCUCUUCCAGGGCCCGUUGCGUGUGGAUCUGAUCUACCUAUACUCCUUCUGUCGAGUCAUCGACGACCUCAUCGACGAAGCCCACGACGCCAACGAAGCGCGCUACUGGAUUGAAGAAUGUCGUCGCUGCCUCGACGCGCGCACAUCCGAGAAAGCCGGGCCCCAUGCCGUCGACGCCUCCGAGCGCAGCAACAGCAGCAGCAGCUGUAGCGACAGCAGCAGGAAGAAAGUCCUCCUCCACGGCGCAGUCGACGCCCUCCCACUCGCCCGCCUCCGCGUCCGGCCGCUCUACGACCUCCUCACCGGCUUCGAGAUGGACCUCGCCUUUACCACCUCCCCCGCCGACAAGCCACCCGUCUUUCCCAUCACCACCGAGCACGAGCUGGACCACUACGCCACCUGCGUCGCCAGCACGGUCGCCGAACUCGUUCUCGACCUCGUCCACCACUACCAUCACGACCCCCAGACCUACGACCGCACGGCCAUGGCCCACGCCGGCCGCGAAAUGGGCAAGGCGCUGCAGUGCGUCAACAUCGCGCGGGACAUCCACCGCGACGCGACGAUCGGACGGGUGUAUAUCCCGACAGAAUGGUUGGUGGAGGCUGGGUUAACGCCGAGGGAUAUCCUGGAGGUGCCCUCCUCGCCGGCGGCGUAUGCCAUGCAGGCGAAGCUGCUGGCGAAGGCGGAGGGGUUGUACGCGGGCGUGCGCGCGGCGAUCGAGGAUCUGCCGGGGGCAGUGCGCGGGCCCGUGCGGACGACGGUCGAGAGCUACAUGGAGAUCGCGCGGUAUCUGCGCGAGAAGCGGGGGGAGAGUCUGGAGGGACCGCAGAAGUUGAGGUUGUCUUUGGGGAGGAGGGUGAGGGUCGCGUGGAGGGCGAUGUUGUGA